GUAAGACUCCCGAGCGGUACACCGUCAGGGACUCAGGGUCAGGAUUCUUUACCACCUCUGCAAGCAAGAAGGCAGCCCGAUUUGACGCCCGUAGACUCGCCUCCUUCCUUCCCUCUGUCCACAGCCGAGGCAUAGGACUAGGCGAUUCCAACCGGCGGCGGCGAGAUGAAGCUCACCGUGAUGACCGCCGACGAGCAGUUUCUCAACCUCGACGUCGACCCCGACGAAUCCGUGGAGAAUUUGAAGGCGCUUCUUGAGGUGGAGACUCAAGUGCCGUUGCAGCAGCAGCUGCUUCAUUUCAAUGGCAAGGAGAUGAACAAUGCCGAGAAGCUCAGCGCCAUCGGAGUCCAUGAUGGUGAUCUUGUGAUGAUGGUUGCCUCCAAUAAUAGGACAUCUCAGGAUAUUAUGAGGUUAAAUCCUGAUGGAUCGGCAGUAAAUCCUCAAGCUUUCCAACAACAUAUUCGUGGCGAUUCACAACUUAUGGCGCAACUCCUUCAGAAUGACCCUUCAUUAGCUCAAGCCAUCCUUGGAGAUGACAUCACUGAGUUGCAAAACAUCUUGCGGUCACACCACCAACAAAGACUACAACUGAAACGCAAACAGGAAGAAGAGCUUGCCUUAUUGUAUGCUGAUCCAUUUGAUGUCGAGGCUCAGAAGAAAAUUGAAGCUGCAAUUCGGCAGAAAGGCAUUGAUGAAAAUUGGGAGGCUGCUAUAGAGCAUAAUCCUGAAGCAUUUGGUCGAGUGGUUAUGUUGUAUGUGGAUAUGGAAGUCAACGGAGUACCUUUGAAGGCCUUUGUUGACAGUGGAGCUCAGUCAACCAUCAUAUCAAAAGACUGCGCUGAACGUUGUGGGUUACUCAGGCUCCUUGAUCAGCGUUACAGAGGGGUUGCUAUUGGAGUUGGUCAAUCGGAGAUACUUGGAAGAAUACAUGUAGCGGCAAUAAAGAUCGGCCAUGCUUUCUAUCCCUGUUCCUUCACAGUAUUGGAUGCUCCCAACAUGGAAUUCCUUUUCGGGCUUGAUAUGCUGCGGAAACAUCAGUGCAUAAUUGACCUAAAGGACAAUGUCCUUAGAGUAGGAGGUGGUGAAGUGUCAGUGCCCUUCUUACAUGAGAAAGACAUCCCUUCACAUAUACGCGACGGAGAGAAAUCGUCGAACCUAGCAUCUUCUAGCCAAGGAGCAGCUGGAGAAUCGUCAAAGGCACGUGAGAAGACUCCUGAUGUGCCACCGCCAUCCUCUCCUGCAGGAGCUCAAGCUGUAAUUCCUCCACAGGGAGGAGAUUUUGAAGCGAAAGUCAUAAAGCUCGUGGAACUUGGAUUUGACCGGGCAUCUGUAAUACAAGCACUCCAGUUGUGCAACGGCAACGAGGAUCAGGCAGCUGGGUACUUGUUUGGUGGUUAGAGUCUUUAGAGCAGACCUUCUGCUUAAGAUUUUCUCGAUUUGAACAUUUAUACACACACUGAUCAAGGAGAUGUGGCAUCCUCCAUUUGAGGAACUAAAACUUUGUGUGUGGCAAAAUACAGGCUUGGUAGGGAUGAUUCGUAUUCUGUCUUCAGUUAGAAAAAAAACGUUUUCUUUCUACAGAGCUCGAACAAGAUCAA